AUGGACGCCUCAAGCCUCAAGGCGAUUCUGACAUCUGAUAAUUUCCCCCAUGCCUCGGAGAUCUCCCGGGCCACCUCACCAGGUGGUGAGCCUGCCGCGGUAAACGGCAGUGGCGAGCCCAAAGCCCGUGUUCGCCCGCGCACCUAUCCAUACUUUGAAUACCUUCCAUAUCCGUUAGAGGAUGAGACAGAACGGGAAAGGACUCUGAGAGAGAUCUUGAAUCAGCUAUAUGUGUCCGUGGAGGCCGGCGAUUUCAGCCCGGGAGCUGUCCACUGGACACGCGAGCUCCGAGGAUGGCUAUCGUUGAAAUUCGACCCGACUCGAAAGGAGCGGAUCAACCUUGUGAAGCUGUACUACGAGCUUUCGUUAGCUCCCGGGAUAGAUCCCGGGGUCUCUGAGCGAUUUGCGAGCAUGUUCAUGCUUCUUACCAAGCGCAAGCACUAUCUUCGACCCGUGAAAGACCUCACCCUUGACUGGAAGCCUCUCUACAAAGAACUGAAGGCCUUCGUACUCCCGACCGAGUCCGGAUUGGUUCACUCGACAAACCUGAAACGGAAUGUGAAGACGUUGACCAAGCUUUGCGCCUUCGCGCAGCUGUUCAUCGACCCAUGCGAGGUUCCCGCGAUGCUUGAAGAAUUCCUCCCCCAUUACACAACCUCUUUCUCUGAAGGCGCUUUCGUGGUCGCGGGGUUGAUCAACCUGUUGCUUCCAACAUCGCCCGCUCCCGCGGACCGACAAGACCUCCUCCCUCAAACCUAUCUACCGACUCAUUUCCACCUAUGGUCCCUGGUUGGGCGCUCGAAGACUUUCGACACAACAUAUUUGGACUAUUUGUCACGGUUGGCUAGGGAUUCCUUGACAGCCGCUCAUAUCCCCUUCUCCGAACAUGGUCUUUUUACGAAAGAACAAUCCGCGCUCAUCUUCACAGCGACCCUGCGACUCUUGGAGAUCCCAGUAGGACAGUCUUCAUCGCCUUACAGCGCCUUGGUAGAUAUUUCUUCCGGGUUGGGUAUUAUGCUUGAUCGCGAUACACGGAAGCACCCUGUUGCCCACCACAUUGCCCGUUGGAUAGUGAUGUCGCUUUCCCCUGCUUGUCUGGAGUCUGAAGAUUCCGUUCUCUCGCAUCUGGAGGGCCUCAUUCAGGCCGUUGAGACAUUCUUCCAUCCGUCGAACUCAGGUAGCUGGACAAAGACUCUAUCACAAUUAGUUUAUUAUCUAACGGACUUCUUCGUGAUGCGUUGGAAUCGUGAGCAAAGUGGAGAGAUGGAAGUACCGGCUGAGCGACGACUGACUGAGCCAUUGAAGCGCCGCUUUGUCUUGUGUCUGAGGGACGUAAUCUUCAUGGGUAUCUACGCCAAGAGCAGCACUGCCAUGACUUUCUCGCUGUCCACCCUUCAAGGCCUUGCCUAUUUGGAACCCCAUCUGAUCCUUCCCGGGGCCUUGCAGAGAAUUUAUCCCGCACUACAGGGUCUAGUCGAAGUUCAUCGGACAACAUCCUCCCUGCGCGCCAUGCAAGUACUAUCUCGUGUUAUCACUAGAACCAGGGGUUAUCGUUGUCAUAUGACAACUCUCCUUGGUCUUUCUUUGCCUGGUAUUGAUGCCAACGAUCUGGAGAAGUCGCUCCAUGCCCUUUCUUUUAUCCAGUCAGCAUGCUACAACAUCCCUAUGGUUGACAUGACUCAAGGAAGAGAAGAUGUUAACUGUAACAUGCUGGCCAUGCAGUGGAUUUCUGGCGAAAUGGAGCGAAUGGAAGAAGAAGGGUCUGACGUGCAGUUCAAUUACGAUACUGAACUUGACGAUACAACGGAGGAAAUGAUUUUGCGAUCAUCAACCUGUGGUUUUGGCGAUUUUACCAUCUCGUUCCUUGGCCGGGUUUUCACACUUCUCGAGAACCUGCCAGAUGUCACUCGAGUUCGCAAUGGCUCCCCAGAAGAAAACAUUGUGAACACAUUGCCCGCUACGUUCAUGCCUCUCCUUGCCUCCCUAUCACCCGAAUACUACGAUAUUGCCCUCUCCAAGAUCGUCGAUUUUGUAUCCAACCACGUCAUUCACCAGGCUCGAGACGCCAUGGCCUUCAUUUGCAAUGCACUUUGCAAAGUCAAUCCUGAAAAGGCGCUCAAGCGGUUCAUCCCAGUUCUUACCCAAGCGAUUCGCACCGAAAUUGAGGACAAUGGUGCCGGAUCGACCCGAACAACUGGUACAGACGUUUUGCCUCGUGAUCGUGGCUUGGUUUGGAACGUCAGCAUGUUGAGCAUGUGCGUGGUUCAUGUUGGCGAUGCCGUCCUGGCUCAUCGCCAGGAGCUCUUUGACAUCGCAGUUUACAUGCAGAACAAAUGUCGCGGUAUCCCAACCGUUCAUAUCUCCAAUUUCAUUCACCAUCUCUUGCUUAAUCUCACUGGAACAUACACCAGUGAUUACUCCCUCUACGAGAAGGCGGAUUCAGCUGGCGGAAUCGGGCCGAAGCACUGGAGUUACAGCGCUGAUGUGCGAAAUCUCAAUAUCAAUUGGCAUGUGCCUAAGCGCGAAGAGCUGGAGUUCGCCGUCGAUGUCUUCAAAAACCAAGCCGAGUCGGCGUUGAAGCAUUUGACUGGGUUGACGAAUGAGACCUCGAGCGUCAAGCGAGACGGCAGCGGUAAGGAGUGGUCUGAUGAAGUUACACGAAACUUGGUGCUUCUGCGGCUGCUCCUCUCUGGUAUUUCCGUUCUCUUUGAUCCCAAGGCGGCAGCCAAAACCUCGCCCGAUAUCUUGAAGAGCGCAUCUGCCGUCUCCAGUGAGUUUGAGCAAGCGGAGGAUUCUACUUUCUCCAACGGGACAAGCGAUGAAGAGGCCGAGGCUGCUCUCGAUAAUACUGACGAGGCCCUCAUCAGGGAAAGUUUCCCUUACCCGACGGGAUAUCCGCUACACGAAGGGGAUUCUCUCUACAACACCAUCCACGAGAUCCGCGAACGAGCUGGUUGGGUCCUGCAUGAGACUCAUCGUUUCCUGAGCGACAAGCAGGAAGAUGAUGUGCCUUGUUUCGGAGCUCUCUACUCGGCAUUCCGAUCCUGGUUUGUGGAUGUUGGUAUCGAAAGAUCAGCUCACGUCCUGGACCGUGUCACACGACUUCUGGCUGCUGACAUUCACCCAUACAAGAUGAGUGGUGUCCGUAAGGACUACCCAAGAGCAUUGCUUGUGCGAAGAGCCAAUGUGUAUCAUCUGCAGCGGCUCCGUCACAAUUCUGCCCCGCGACCGCGAUCUAAGCUUGACGAAGUACUGCUCUACGAUCUUGCCGAAUCAUGCGUCUCCAUGUACACUGAGACCCGACGUAACGCCCAAAAUGCCGGCGAGUCCGCACUUAAAGCAGUAUGGGGAGCUCGCAAUCUCAUCAUUCCCCCUCUUCUAAGGGCCCUGCAGAGGGGCGUGAAAGAGAACGACCAUGCGCGUAUCAAGGGUGCACUGUUCUCACUCCUUCUCAGCAGCAUUGCAAAGACAGCAGGCAGGAAUUGGAAGUUUACGCCAGCCUUGAUUCGGACCUUCAUCGAUGCCAGCGCUGUUGAUAAACCUUCUGUCCAGAAGAUCUGCUCAGGUGCCGUGUUCCAGAUUAUGGAUUACGGUCGCGCUAUGGAAAGGAUGGCUAUCCUCGAUCGUGACAUUGUGGAGGCAAUUGCUCCAACUGUUGAUUUCACUGAUGAGAUUGAGCAGAAGCGAAAGGUUAUCAACAAGAAGCGUGCAGCAAUCGAAAAGAAGAAGGCCGAUCUCGCCGAAGAGCUUGUCAACCUAGCACGCGUCUCGCACUGGAAGAUUGCUAGCCGUGCUGCGACCAUUGUAAUCACAAUGGGCCUGCGUUUUGACUACAUUGCCAGUCAGAAUUUGAUUGAGCUGGUUACCAUUGGCUCGAUCGAUGACCACCCCGGCCUACGGGGCAUGUAUUCUCAGGCGCUCAUUGCGUUGUUCACGAUGAUCGACGUGCGAGCUAUCUGCAGCCACGAGUACAAGAACUACAUUCUGGGCCACCAGCGGUUCCCUUCGAAGAUUAAGGUUGCGACGCGCCCAUAUGAGAAAGACUGGACGCAGGAGUACUUGACCAGCUUUGCCAACCCCGAGGCUGAAUACUACGUGGACCAUGAUUUCCCUGGAUGGCUGGUAUGGGGUAAGACUAUGCCCGCAUACAAGUCUAACGUGGCUCGUGAUAUUGAGUAUGACGAAGUUGAGUGGAGCGUACGGACUCAAAUGGGCAAACUAUUCACCCGCGAGUGGUUCUCCAAGUUCUUCGCCUACUUGAAACAGGAACCGAGGGAUCCUUCCGCAGACAAGUUCCGCAUGUCGUGUGCCAUGAUGCUCCUCUAUGCUUUCGAGCUUAUGCUUCGUGAUGGACUUACGGCUGUUUCGUUCAAGGAUAUCCAGGAGGAGAUUCAGGUCGUCUUUGAAGAUGGCAGUGAUAAGCAUCAGCACCGCGCCACUGCUGAGAUCCUCGGAGCCCUGAUCAGUUCAGUGACUGAUUCGAGCGUGGACAACCGCGCCAUGGUUUGGGAGUAUGCCUUCCCUAUCGUAAGGAAGAUCUUUACCGACGGCCUGACACCUGAAAACUCCGGAUACUGGACAACCUUCCUUCACAUGAUCCUGCAGUGUCGUGACCCGCGACGAGCCUGGCCUUUGGUCGAUUGGCUUGCUAGCUUCCGGCUAGACAUGUCAACUAACGCAGCUUUUAAGGAAAGCUCAAAGAUCAACCUGCUCCAUCAAUGCAUUAUUGACGCUGGCUGGCAUUUCCAGUUGGAAAAGCCCAUCGUCAAGGAUUUCCUCGCGCACUUGGACCACCCCUACAAGGGUGUUCGUGAAGCCAUGGGUCAAACUCUUGCCACGAUAUACCGCACCAGGUACCACGAGUCGUAUCCCGAUCUUCAACAUCUCUUGGAUGCUCAGAAGUCCGCAUCAUCGGUUGGAAGCUAUCCCUACACUCCUUCCAACGAGUUCUCAACAAUGGUUCGCGGCGUUUUCGACCAAAUUGAAGAAUGGCGAAAGGCCAGAACUCCUGGUCAGCAAACGCCAACCUCCUAUACCUCUGGCAGCAAAACUGUGCUCCUUUGGCUGGAUUCAACUCUCUCCUCCCACGAAUGCACACAGUUGGUCUCCUUCUUCCCUGACGUUUUCACGGCGCAGCUUCUGCAUAUGAUGGAUGUCAAGGAAGACCCUGAGCUCCAAUCUCUCGCCUAUCAUGUUUUCCGCCACCUUCCUAACAUCCCCUACCCUGCCGAGAAGGACUCUGAAUUUAUUAAAUCCCUCAUCCGUAUUGGACAGACAGCCCCAUCAUGGCAUCAGCGCCUACGUGUCAUGAUCAACAUCCAGAUCAUCUAUUUCCGCCGCCUCUUUUUGCUCGACCCCGCAGACCGCGAUAAGCUAUUUGAGUGCAUCGCAUCCAUGCUCGAAGACCCCCAGCAUGAAGUCCGCGCAGGCGCCUCGGCUACCCUCUCUGGAAUGAUUCGCUGCUCGCCUAUUUUCCUGCGUAACAAGAUGGUCAGCCGAUUCCAGGAGCGUUUCACCAAACUUCUUGCGGAUAACCCGCUCCCGAAGAAGCCCAAGAACUUCCGCUCUGGAAUUUCUUCUGCGGUCUCUUCUGGAGCCGGCACCCCUACCCCUGAGCACAACCGCCUGAUUAUUGUCCGUCACGGCGCGGUGCUGGGACUUGGCGCGCUGAUCCAAGCUUUCCCCUACAACAGCCCCCCUCCACACUGGAUGCCCGAGGCGUUGACUACACUCAGCAUUCGAGCUGCAAAUGAUCCCGGCGUCGUUGGUUCCAGUGUGAAGUCGAUCAUUAGUGAAUUCAAGAAGACCAGACAAGAUACUUGGCAUAUCGAUGCGAAGGCAUUUACACAGGAUCAACUUGAGGACCUUUCGGGUGUUCUUUGGAAGAGCUACUUCGCUUAA